GUCGCGGGGGCCGCAAGGGCCCGGAGCCGCCGCCGGCCCCGGGAGCUGGGAGCCGCCCGCCCGCCGGCCGCGCCGCCGCUUCCCCGCCCGCGGUACCCCCCGCCGUUGGCUUGGAAACGGGCUGGCAGCCUCCGCCUCCUCCUCCAGAGCCAGCCCCGCGCUCCCCCUGCCCCGGCUUCCCGGCGAGAUCGCCGAGCACCUCCCCGUCUCCCGCGGGGGGCCACCGGCCGAGCGUUGCCAUUAGCGCCUCGAAAAAAAAAAAUCCCCCCUUUUAAGAAAAAAAAAAAAAAAAAUCGCGUUUGCUGGGGAGAAGAUGAGAAAGGGCAGGUUUUUUCUCCUGCUUGGGCUGCGGGGCUAGUGUCUGCAGUCAUGGUGUGUCUGCUCGCCGCAAAUCAUAGAUGCUGAUGUGAAAAAGGGCCAAAGCAGAGAGGAGACGCGUCAGUGGAUGCGAGCGUUUGUACUGAUGGAUUGAGGAGGUGGAGGCUGCCUGCCUGCCUGCCUGCCUGCCUGGUGCUGAAGAGAAUCCAAGAGUGGUGAUUAAGAAGUCCAAAUUUCAACUACCAUAUUGACGAAAGAAUAAUCACAAAAGGGAAAAACUAGACUGAUCCGAAAGAACUAAAAUUGACCCUUUUCUCAAAGUCCUCUGGCAAUUUAAGGUGGAAAGCACAGAUUUACAGGGCUGAACUGCAUCAGCUGAAGAAGUGGGGGAAGAGAAACAAAACAAGUACAGCACCAUUGAAAAGAGCUUCAGCUUUAUCUAGCAGCAUCACCACAGCAACCAGAAAAUACAAUUAAAAGACAAGGGCUAGAGCAGAGAAGCAGAAAGUGCAGCUCCUUACCUUUGGACAGAAGGCAGCAAAAUAAUUAUGCAGAACAGAAAAGAGUAUUUGAUGGAUCUAGCCAAACUGUGGCAAAGGGAAGUGUCCUUUCAUUAACAGGAAUGUGCCACUGUUUAUGCGCUGGAAAGGGGAGUGCCAUGAGAUCUACUGAAGAGACUAUUUCUGUGGUUGCAUAUCUACAUGUGUUUGCACCCCUGCUGGGACUGAAUUAGGUGGUACAGGCAUCUUGGACCAUCAGGUAUUGGAUAGCGACAUUUUUUUUUUUUCAUUCAAGGUGUACCUGGCACGUGAACUGAAAGACACUGCAGAUCUUUUUCAGAGACACAAACAGAGUGAGACAAUCUCCAGCCUUUCCCUUCUGUAUCUGCCUGCUAUACCAUGGGAUGUCGGCAAAGCUCUGAGGAGAAAGAGGCAGCGCGGCGGUCCCGUAGGAUUGACCGCCACCUGCGCUCUGAAAGUCAGCGACAACGAAGAGAGAUUAAGCUCCUUCUCCUUGGUACCAGCAAUUCUGGGAAGAGUACUAUUGUAAAGCAGAUGAAAAUCAUCCAUAGUGGUGGCUUUAACCUGGAGGCCUGUAAGGAAUACAAACCUCUGAUUAUCUAUAAUGCAAUUGAUUCUCUCACACGUAUCAUUCGGGCUCUAGCCACCCUUAAGAUAGAAUUUCACAAUCCUGACAGAGCGUAUGAUGCUGUGCAGCUUUUUGCCCUGACGGGCCCAGCUGAGAGCAAGGGUGAGAUUACCCCUGAGCUUCUGGGAGUCAUGAAACGGCUCUGGGCAGACCCUGGUGUGCAGGAGUGCUUUUGCCGCUCCAAUGAGUACCACCUAGAGGAUAAUGCUGCAUACUACUUAAAUGACCUAGAAAGGAUUGCAGCACUGGACUACAUCCCUACAGUGGAAGAUAUUCUGCGUUCUCGGGACAUGACCACAGGGAUUGUAGAAAAUAAGUUCACCUUCAAAGAGCUGACUUUCAAAAUGGUGGAUGUGGGUGGACAGAGAUCUGAACGCAAAAAAUGGAUCCACUGUUUCGAGGGGGUUACAGCAAUAAUUUUCUGUGUGGAGCUGAGUGGGUAUGACUUGAAGCUGUAUGAAGAUAACCAAACAAGUCGAAUGGCAGAAAGUUUGCGUCUCUUUGAUUCUAUCUGCAACAACAAUUGGUUUAUCAACACCUCCCUCAUCCUUUUUUUGAAUAAGAAAGAUCUGCUGGCAGAAAAAAUCCGACGCAUCCCCUUAACAGUCUGCUUUGCUGAAUACAAAGGCCAAAACACUUAUGAGGAGGCAGCAGUCUACAUACAACGCCAGUUUGAGGACUUGAAUCGCAACAAGGAGACCAAGGAGAUCUACUCACACUUCACCUGCGCCACUGAUACUAGUAACAUACAAUUUGUCUUUGAUGCAGUGACAGAUGUCAUCAUUCAGAACAAUCUCAAAUAUAUUGGCCUCUGCUAAGAAUCCUUGGGCUUAAUCUGUUUUCCUGAAGUGAUAAAAAAGGGGCUAACCACUUCCACUUCUAGUGGAAAAAAAUGGGGCAAUGCUUAGUAGCCCAAGGAGAGAAAAGGGGAAAUCUGAUGUAUGUACACAGUUCCUCUUAUGCCCCCUUAACCCGCUACAUCAUUUUUCAAAAAUACAUGUUCUGGAGAGUGAAGGCCUCCUCUCCAAAAAACCCCACACAACACCGCCCACUCCCCACCCC